AAAAGGAAAAAACCGGUAAUCUCCGCGCCUACAUUCGUUCACUGCUUUCAUUGACAGCACCUUCCAUUUCACUGCUCAUACUUUACUCAACGCUUUUUCAUUGACAGCACCUUUCAUCUCUCUCUUUCUCUAAAACACAUGAUCGCGGCCAUUUUUCCCCUCCAUUCCGCAACCACGGUCCACGCUGCCAACCCGACCCGAAAGCACCGCUCUUGCGAGGCCCUCUGCUGCAGCGGCAACCUAGGGUUUCGGUCCUCUGAGCGUAGGCGGUGGGUAAACCCGACCCGGAUGGAGUUGCUCAACCGAAUUAUAGGCGGCGGAGGCUGCUUCAGGGACCCCAGCCGCCGGGAGAUUAAGGUGGAGAUCGACAGCGGCGGCGAGGAUGUCUUCGCCUCCCACCCCAAGGGCGGCGCUGUGCCUGAACAUCUUGUCAUUAUGGUCAAUGGAAUCAUCGGCAGUGCUUCAGACUGGAGAUAUGCUGCAGAACAGUUUGUGAACAAGCUUCCUGAUAAAGUAAUUGUGCACCGCAGUGAAUGUAACUCUUCAAUGAUGACAUUUGAUGGUGUUGACAUGAUGGGUGAAAGGCUAGCUGAAGAGGUAUUAGCUGUUGUCAGAAAUAGGUCUGAGGUGCGGAAAAUAUCAUUUGUGGCUCACUCUUUAGGAGGGUUGGUUGCAAGGUAUGCCAUCGGGAGGCUCUACGAACGUUGUCCAAAAUCUGAACCCUCAGGUCAUAAUGGUAAUUGCUUAAUUGAAGGGCAUACAAAUAAUUUGACACAAUCCCUUGACCAGCCUCACCACGGUACAAUUGCUGGACUGGAACCAAUGAACUUUAUAACGUUCGCAACACCACAUCUUGGUUCAAGGGGAAAUAAACAGCUCCCAUUUCUCUGUGGUCUUCCUUUUCUUGAGAGAAGAGCUUCUCAAACUGCACACUUUAUUGCUGGGAGAUCCGGGAAGCAUCUCUUCCUAACAGAUGAUGAUGAUGGCAGACCUCCUCUUCUUCUUCGAAUGGUUAAUGACUCUGAUGACCUAAAAUUCAUAUCAGCAUUACGUGCAUUUAAGCGCCGUGUGGCAUAUGCUAAUGCAAAUUACGAUCAUAUGGUUGGGUGGAGAACAUCUUCAAUCCGGCGUCAAGAUGAACUUCCGAAGUCCAAUCUACUUGGAACCAAUGAGAGAUAUCCGCAUAUUGUAUAUGUCAAGCAAGAAACAUUUGAUGAUAUUCAUAUGAAAGCCUCUUCAUGUGCUCAAGACCAAAAAAUAGACUUGGAAGAGGAGAUGAUUAGAGGCCUUACUCAGAUACCUUGGGAACGUGUGGAUGUCAGCUUUCAAAAAAGUCGACAACGAUAUAUUGCUCAUAAUACCAUUCAGGUGAAGAGUUACUGGUUGAAUUCUGAUGGUGCAGAUGUGGUUUUCCAUAUGAUAGAUUACUUCCUUCUCUAAGUCUUCUUUAAGUUUGAUUUUUUAUUUCUUCCAAUACGUGAUUCAACAAUGGAUUAGGCUGCUGCUUUAUUAAAUUUAUCAAUUUUAAAGCUUGUCAUGUACAUUUUCACCUAUGAAGAUACUGUGAUGUAUAUUUGUCAAAUGUAAAUGCAGAGAUGUAUGUAAGCUCUCAUUAUUGUU